GGCCGUUAUUGAUUUGAAUUAAUUUGCUUACGCUCAGCCGCGACGAAUUUUUGGAGAGUUCAGAUUAUACCUAGUUGUCAAGAUAAAACAGCUAUUAAUGCGGUUUGUCAGUUUUAAUUUCAAAAAUUAAAAUCUAAAAACGAAAAUGUCAAAUUUUGGUCUGGAUUUACUUUUGGAAUCCCAAAAAGCUAACAUCAAAAGCAAAAAUGACAUUGUUGUCAUUAUUUUGCAUUGGAUGUUGUGCAAAAAUGAUCUAAGAAAUGUUGGAAUCGGAGACAGCAAAUUUUACAACGAAAACGAUCGUCCUAGUGAACUUCUACCAGAAGGAUGGAACCAAGAUUCUUCAGCCUAUUCAUUACGCUAUAUGCUCGAUAAAAACAUUUAUCUACUUUAUGCAAACUCCACUUCUGAUUCAUUAGUGGUUAAUCUAAUUGAUGCAAAAACACUUCAAUCAUCAAGUCUUGCUUUUGAUGUCAAUGCAAUUGUUAAAUCAACUACAGGAAGAACCAUAGACGAUUUUGUAUCAUCAAGUGAGGAUUUAAUCAAACGAAUAGGUGAUGAAAUCGUGAAGCCGAUCUUCAAAAAAGAUGAGAAGAAAGCAAAAACAAGUGAAGAAUCAACAAGUAAUCCUUUAUUAGUUCGGCCACCACAGAGACCCCCCAUGAUUCCUUCUUUUUACGACAGUAGACGUGAUCCGCUUAAUCCAUUUAUUGAUCCUUUAAGAGAUAUUGGUCGUGGGGAUUUGGAUCCUCUAGGUCGAGGUGGUGGAAUGCUUUUCCAAUCCAAUCCGAGCCGAUAUCAUCCUGGUAGAUUAGGUGGUCUGCCUCCCGAUCCAGGUGUUUUGGGCAUACCUCCAGGAGCUCGUUAUGAUCCUCCUAAUCCCUUGGGCCGUUUAAAUCCUGAUAAUGAUCAUCUUCCACCUCCGGGAUAUGAUGAUAUGUUUAUGUAAACUAACACAGAAAAAUGUGAUGGAAAUACUGAAAAAAGAAAAUAAAAAAAGAAAAGUUUUCACGCAAACCUGAAACCGAUAUUAUUUUUCUCGCUAACAUUUCGUUCAUAACUGACCGUGGAAGUAGGUUCGAUAAAUCAUAU